UACUUUUUAAAUAUCUAAAUUUUCAUAAUAUAUCAUAUUUUUAUUAUACCUUUACUUAUACUUUUCACCCACCCAACCAGUUCGUCAUCGCCGCUGUCUGCACUUUGGCUCUCGCCAUGGGUGUUCAAUCCUCAAUCAUUCCCGGUCUGCUGCCCGGUCUUACACAAAUCGCCGGACACGGUCUCUCCUACACCGCCGUCUCUGGACCAUUGGCCGUUCCCGUUUCCAUCGCUCACGCUCACGCUCCAGCUGCUGUAAUCGCUGCCGCCUCACCACCAAUUGCCAUUGCUUCUCAUGCUGCUGCUAUCGCUGCACCCUCUGUCGCUGUGCAUGCACCUGCUGUGGCGGCGGUUGCUCAUGGCGGUGUUGUAGCCGGUGGUGCUUACGUUGCCAAGACCCGCGGUGCUGUGCAUUCGGCUCCAUUGCCCGGACACAUYGCCUCAGUGGCAAAUGUGAAUGUUGCCCCCGCACCAGGAACCUGGUAAAUUCAGCCAAUCUAGCUACACAUCCGUCUACACCUACUCUCCCCCUGACAUGGCCAACUCAUUAAGGACCUGCAUAAAAAUUAUAAAUAUGUGGCUGAGGCGCACAUUAGUCGAUAAAGUUAAGUAGGCGCAAAUUUUAACACACGCAGUAUGCAACGAACGAGCAACAAUAAUAUACUAGUUGAAUUCCACAACAUUCAUCAACACAAACGCAACAAUGCAACGAACAAUACAUUAAUGUGGUUUUUAUACAUCUUCUUCUAAUAUUCAUCUCCAUUGCACUUUCACUCACUGCAUUCCCCUUUUCCUAUUGCAAAUUCCUCUUUUCAUCGAAGCUUACUUCUGCAGAUGCUUGUAAAAAGUAUGGUUGUAAAUGAAUAAAAUGAUUACGACUAAAAAACAAAA